AUGACUGCUCUUCGUCCCGAAGAUGUCGGAUACGACUUCGAGGUCAAGGAGCAGGACCGAUGGUUGCCCAUUGCCAAUGUCGCGAGAAUCAUGAAGAUGGCGCUUCCCGAAAAUGCCAAGAUCGCAAAAGAAGCCAAAGAGUGCAUGCAAGAGUGCGUGAGCGAGUUCAUCUCGUUCAUCACCAGCGAAGCAUCAGAGAAGUGUCAACAGGAGAAGCGUAAGACAGUCAAUGGCGAGGAUAUCCUGUUCGCCAUGACUUCGCUGGGCUUUGAGAAUUAUGGCGAGGCGCUAAAGAUCUACCUUGCCAGGUACCGGGAGGUGAGUGGUAACAUUAUGCAAUACAUCCAUUCGCCCAAAUAUAUCUUAUUCCCGUAUUCAUACUGA